AUGUGCCCGAAUGAGAAGGAGAAGUCUAAUGUGAGGCAAAUCCUUUUAUCCUCGUACAAUAGUUUAUUGGCUCCAAAGGUGAAACAAGAAUGCUUGGAUGCCCCAAUUGUGGCACCAAAAGAGAUUAUAAAUGGGAAUCACACAAUAAGAGAUUGCAAUAAUUUUUCCGUUUGGUUCAUUCAGUUCAGCAUUCUUCUGCAAAGAAAUCUCAAGGAGAGAAAGCAUGAAAUGUUUAAUUACUUGAGAGUUUUCCAAGUAAUUGCAGCUUCAUUAUUGGCUGGUUUUAUGUGGUGGCACUCAAAUUAUCACGAUAUUCAAGACAAUCUUGGACUUCUCUUCUUUAUUUCCAUCUUCUGGGGUGUUUUCUCAUCUUCCAAUGCCGUUUUCACUUUCCCUCAAGAACGCGCUAUUUUCAUAAAGGAAAGGGCUUCGGGUAUGUACACACUUUCAUCCUACUUCAUGGCACGAAUCACUGGGGAUCUACCUAUGGAAUUCGUCCUUCCAACGUUAUUCCUCACUAUAGUUUAUUGGAUGACUGGGUUAAAACCCGAACUUCCUCAUUUUCUCUUGACACUAAUGGUCGUGCUCAGUUACGUGCUUGUGUCGCAAGGGCUUGGCCUUGUGCUCGGGGCAUUGAUCAUGGAUGCAAAGCAAGCCUCUACAGUUGUGACAGUUACAAUGCUAGCAUUUAUAUUGACAGGAGGGUACUAUGUGCAUAAAGUGCCACACUUAAUGUCAUGGAUUAAAUAUGUUUCGACUACAUUUUAUAGCUAUAGACUUCUUAUCCACGUCCAAUACGGAGAAGGAAACAGAAUUUCUUCGUUGCUCAACUGCACCACCAGUGAUUACUAUAGAUCAAGCUGCAAAUUUGUUGAUGAAGACAUUAGAGGGCAAAUUCAUCCAUUGAUCAGUGUUGGUGCAUUGUUGAUUAUGUUUGUAGGGUACAGAUUGUUGGCCUAUUUUGCUCUAAGACACAUCAGAGGUUAA